AUGAAUUGUCUUUGUUACCACUGCGGAGUGAUCUUCGAGUCUCGUGCUGCGCGCGAGAUCCACAUACUUCACCUUUCCAGCCUACCACCUUUUCCACGCCGAGAAGACUUCACACUGGGCCCCUACUACGUACCAGUACCAGAGACUCCACGCCUGGUCGGGCAGCCAUAUGUGGUAUCUGCUUCACCUUUCAAUCUAUCUCCAACAGACAGCAGCGCUCCAAAAGUCCAAUUCAAGUUCACAAUGGACCCAUCACCACCCACAACACCGAUACACUCAUCAUCACAAGGCUCCGCAUCAAUGGACAUGUCAGAGUACGCCCUGACCCCAGACCACCAGCCAAGAUUCGUCAUGGACCCAUCGCCACCCUCAACUCCCUCGCCUGCGAGAUCAUGCCCACCCUUCCCCAACCCAUUCAUGGACACCCACACCCCCUCUCCACGAAUGUUCCCCCUCCCAGGCCAAUACCUCCCCACCGUCCCCACCGUCUCGAACUGGGCUUCUCACCUCCUAGCCACCGGCUGCACGAAACUCGGAAAGGGAUGUCUCAACAACUGCGUCUCUGGCGCUGAACUCGAGGAGUCGUCCAAACAAAGCCGCUUCCCGCUCACGACCCGGGUCACAAAGAGAACGGCGCACGUUAAGGGAAAGAAGAGCAAGUGUUGGAUCUGUCAGGGAAUGUUUGUUGAUCUUAUGAAGCACGAGAAGAAGCACGAGAAGAAGCAUGAGGAGGAGAUGCAUUGGGAGUGUAAUGUUUGUCUGGAUUUAUUUCCUAGGAAGUGGAUCUUGACGAAGCAUGAGAGGGAGGCGCAUGUCAAACACAGGAGGAAAGAAAAAUGGAUCCUUUGA